AUGUUCUUUUUCCAAUAAGGUCAAAGUCACUCACUGGUAACCAUUAACACGUAAAGAGAAGGUAUCAGCUGCUAUGCUGUUAUAUGACAAUCUCAUUGAAAAUUCUGCAUCUAUGGAUAACAUUAAAAAGCGUGCAUUCGUGUUAUUGAAAUGUAUGUUUAUAACUUAUAUGAGAAAAUUCUGAAAAGCAUAAAUUGUUAUUAAAUCUGACAUAUGGUUUUCAAAACAUUUUUGUUUAUAAUUUUUUCAGUGAACACUAAAUUCAAUUCUCUCUUCAUAUACAAUGAAGAAUGUUCUUUAACAGCAAGUACAAGUUAUGCAUAUGAAGAUAUUAAUCACGGUUUUGUGCUUAGUGAUGUGCUGUUGCCGUUGCCUUGGAUAUCCAAUUAAAGGGAACGACACAGAGUAUCAUCUGAUUCAAAAUGAAGAGAUGGAUAGUUCUGCAAACAUGUCUUCUAGCGAAGUAUGGCAUGAUACAGAGACGGAUGUUUUGGGUGCAAUAAGGAAAGGAAGUAGCAAUUCUGGAGGCUGGAAACCUGGAGCAGGAAAUAACAACUCAGGAGUUUGGAGUACUGGAGCGAAUUACAGCCGACGUCGCAGUCGUGGUGGAUCUUCGUAUGGAUCUGGCGCUGGCCCCUUACCUACUUACGCGUGGAUAAUACUAGGAAGUCUAGGAGGAGUGUCUUUAAUAAGUUUUAUUAUUUGGAUUUAUUGGAGGUAUUUUCGUGAACCGAAUCAAAUAACACAAGUUUCCUGAAUUCUAAUUUACUAUUACAUUGUUGUGAAUAAGAGUCAAUAUUUUUCCCCCUCCGUUUGCAUUUUUUUAUCUACUUUCAGUUUUAUUCAAGUUAAAAAUGCCUGUUUAUUGCAGAAAUAAUUCAUAGCCUUUAUCCAUACAUAUCUAUAUUUUUUCUCGUGUUACAUUGUAGUUUCCGUGUGUUCAUAAAAUAUAGAUACACAUCUGUAAAGCCAAAUUAUGUUUCUGGAUUACAAAUCCUUCUGUUUGAAGAAAAUAAUACAUAAUCGAUGCAUUUUCUUUGAUAUCAGAAUAGGUGUAAACCGAAUUUUCAUUAAUGUUUAGUGUAAAUUACGAAAUUUCAAUGGUAGAUGUUUUUAAAAAAUACGAAGCUGUUAUUGAUUGGCCAUUAACUCAUAUACAGAACAAAAGCAGUAGAUUAGAAAAAUUAGAAAAAAAUAAGAAAAUGAUUUAUAUUUCAAGGGACAUUUCAUCGACAGUCAUAAACGGACGAACUAGAUUAUUAAUUUAGUAGAAACACUCAAGAAUUUUCUUCCUAUUUUGACCGACAGCACCCAAAAAUGGAGUCCGAGGGUCAUAUCAUAAGACUCUCGGGAUAACUUAUUAAAUGCCGCAUUAAAGUGCUCCACUUAGCAAAGUUGCCAUCAGUAACAACAUUUAUGCACUUUGUAUCCUGAGCUCAAUGGCGUAUGCAGACUGCCUUUACCUUCAUACCAUUCAGAAUGACAGACGUAAAUGAAUAACUGACAAAUCUAAAGAAAUAAAAUGACAAAUCUAAUGAAAAUUAUAAAAUUUUAACUAAUUGUAGUACAGAAGCCUAUUUACGAAGUUGGUGCUAUUUUUUAUCGUUAAAAAUCUAACACAUCACUAUAAACCUAGCUAAUGAGCUUUAGAGAUUCUAAGUGUUUGUGCUCGAAUUGAUCGAUUGCCGGAGGCUAAAUGGGCCUAUUACAUAGACUUUGUACUUGCAGUUUCCUGCUUAUAGGCCCAGGUGUAGUACUUUGUACCCCAUGGAUGAUCAGUGUAAAUGGCCUACUGCAUGAACUCAGCAUGUUACUAAUUUAAAUAAAAUUUUUAUUUAGUUUUUACUUGUGAGAAUAACUUGACAAAAAUCGGCUGCCUAAGCCAUCUGCUUAUGUCGGCUAUGCUUGGAGCCGCCUCUUUUUGUAUUACAUUCUUUUAUUGCAUGAAUACAGAACUCGCCUUCCUGGAAAAACAUCGAUUUCAUGCAUUCCUUUUGCGGAGGUAAUCUAUGGUGGUCUUAUUAGGAAAAGCUACAUGUCUAUCUAAGAACUGUCAGACAUUGGAGAAUCAGUAUAAAAGCACAAAGAUGUACAUAAAUAAGACUGAUAAUUUAACAUCGUGCUUCUGCUUUGAAUGCAAAGUGAUCAUUUCUUCUUCUAAUAGUACUUCCACAGUUCUAGAAUUUUUCAUGAAUUUUGAGUGUUCUGUAUGUUCACCAACAGAAUUAAUAUUUCUUUCCCUUCCAAGUAAUCCAAGUAAUAUCAACAUAUAAACGCAUGAGAUAUCUUAUUUUAUAUUAAGAACAGUAGAAGAUGUAUCGAAAAAAUAUAUUCAGUUUUAUAUGAACUACAAAAUACUUUUAUCCAGGCCCUUUUUUCAUAGAAUUAAUCGUCCCUACAAUAAUGAGACUAAAUUUAAAUUACCAAGGCAAUGAAUAUCGUCUUUAUCUCAUGUUUUAACUUCAUCAGUAAGAUAUAAAUGAAAGCGAUUAUGGAUUAUUUUCUGAAAUCUUGAUAACUUAUACAAAUAAUUCAAAUAAACCGACAAUGAAAUGAACGACCCGAUUAAAAAAAUUAUCACCCAAUGGUUGAGCUUUAGCUAUUCUAAAACAAGUUGUUGGCAAACGUUGAAACAUACAGACAAGGAAUAAAGUUCAAAAUUUUUGCUUAUAAUAGUUUUCGAAAUGAUUGAUGAUUGAUGAUCAUCAAUAUCAUUCGAAAUGAUAUUGACGAAGAAAAAUUAUUUUCUAAAUUAACAACACUAGUUAAAAUUGUACUAUUCUUCUCUCAUCCAUCUGUAGCAAAUGAAAGAUUAUUUCUAUCAUUGACGUUGAAUAGCAAUUAAAUUCCUAUUAAUAGGAAUUAAAUAGGAAUUAAAUUCCUAUUAACUACAUACUUCCUUCAAUGAAUAGAUUCCUUUUCAGAAAGGAAAAGACAAAUCUCUAAAAAUAGACAUCGAUCACUAAACUAAGGAGAUCCGUUUAGAUUCACCUUAAGAAUACUUUGGCCCGUAGCUCGGUUAAUUGUUGCCAACCCAAGAGGUACUCUUUUUUACACUAAGAACUCAUUUUAAUUUAGAAUAACAGAAUUCCUCUUCCUUUAAUGCUGAUAAGAUUAAAUUGAAGCUUCCGAAAAUUCAUCUUGUAAAACGUAGCGGUAAAUUAAAAGAUU